AUGGUUGCACAUCCGUCCGUCAGCCACGUCGACAGCUGUCCCAGGGUGCGCGGUCCGCCUGAGGCUCUCGGCAGCUCACACAUAAUGCGAGCUUGUGACUCAAUUGUUCACCAGGAGCCAAUCGCGCAUCUCCAAGGCCGUCGUUUCCAUCACAUUUUGGGCAAGCUAUGCUCGUAUGCCGAGGUGCCUGCUGGUGGAGGUGUGCCUCGGAGGAAAGGGGCAACAGAUCAGGGUGAUGAUACUGAAACGCCAUUUGCCAUCUGGGCAUCUUCAGGCGAAAUGCUACCGGCUUUGGUCGGCAAGGAGCAGGACGAUGGCCUGAAGUUGCCGCAGAAUUUCUUGCCGAGAUCUGAGACCCUGCCGUCUGCAUGA